AUGAAGCACCUACUGCGCCUGCAGCAUCCCAGCCUUCGUUGGAAACCGCAAACGGUAGCGGUGGCGGUAGCUCGAGCAAUCCUGCUGCGAUCAGCGCUCGUUGCCAAGCCCUGGCAGCUGCCACGAGCUCCUGAGGCGCCAGACCUGGCGGCUCUAGCAGGCUGGGCCACCGCCGGUGGCGGUGGCGGCGGCAGCGGCGGCAGCGGCAGCGGCGGCGGCGGCAGCGGCAGCGGCAGCAGUAACUACCCGGAGGUCCAGCAGGCACUCCUGGAGGCCUUUGCUGCAGCGCCGGAGAUCGGUUUCGCCAUUCCGUCAUCGAUCCGGACGCUGGCGGCGACCCCUGCUGGCAGCGGCGGCGGCGAGGAGGGCGAGGACAUUCGCGAUGACGAAUUGAGCGGCGUCCCGAGCAUUGAGGGUGUUGGAGUUGAUCCAGGUUUGAAUCCGGAUCCAGAUCCGGACUGUGUUCCGUGGUCCAAGGUGAAGAGCCGGGUGGUGGGGGAGUUGCAAGGUAGGAAGCAAGUCCUGGUGCUUGGCGGCGGCGGUGAUGACGACGAACACGAUGACGAUGACAAGGGUGCCGAUGGUGGCGGAGCGUACGGCAGAGGCGGCGGCGGACGUGAUGUUCGUGGGGAUAUGCAGCUUGGGGAGGAGGAGGAAGAGGAUGCGGAGGAAGCUCCGCCAGCGGAGGGGGAGCCGGGGUCUGAUGGGGAGGUUCCUCUGGGUUGCAGCAGCCCUGGGGGCUCUCAGGACUGCCGUCUGGCGGUGUCAGUAUUAGAGUGGCUGGCUCCCGAAGUUAUCACCUUCAGCCAGGGUAGGGUAGGGCAGGGGGCCCACUCCGCCAGCUCCGAGCCCCUGAUCAGCAGCGGACAGCUGCUGGGGCGCAGAGUGGCCUUCGCACUGCCGACGGAGUUUAGGUACAUGGAUGCCAGGGCGGGGGAGGAGGUGCUGCCGCCGGGUGUGUACCAGGGCCGCGUCACGGAGAGCCUCGGUCGGGGCUGUCAGGCCGACGUGUGUGGAGCCCACCAGGAGGCACAACAGGACGACGCAGAGGAGGAGGGGGAGGGAGGCUGCUCGGGGGCGGGGGAACAUGACUUCUUCUUCGUCAGGGUCAUGACGCAGCCUCAUCUGGGCAUACGAGGCCGAUUGGAACUCAAACUGGAUCUGUCAGCCGCCAACAGGGUAUCCUCCUUCCAAGAGCUGCGGAGGAAGGGCAAGGGACACACGCAUGGGGCUUGGGUAGGGGGCGGCGAGGGGGCACGGUGGGAGCGGGGACGGCCGCGGGAGGUCGCCAGCAGAGGGGCGCGGGCGGGAGGGGGCCGGGCAUGGCGGUGCAGAGGAGCUUUGGAGGCAGUGGAAGGUCGUGUGGCGGUAACAGCUGCGGGUUUGGGACAUGCGGUGCCGGGGGUGCUGGGACGAGCGGUACGGUGGUGGGUUUGGGGGCCCGAGGUCGCGGUGGUGGCCAGUCGGGAGCGGUUGCGGGGCGGCCCAGCAGCGACGGUGGCGGACGUGGGUCGAUCCGCGGCGGUGGCGGUGGCGGUGGCAGAGCCGCGGGGGCCCUGGUCGGCCCCAGACGUGGGGCUUAUAGGUGACGAAGGCGGUAAGAGGCAGCUAGUGUACGCUCUCGUGUAUGUAUUGUACGUGCGACAAAGCAGCCUCGGCACGCAGCCUGCCGUACAUCAAAUUUUCCUUGGAGACGGUCCGGUGUUAUGUACGGCCCUACGCGACUCUCAUGCGGCGGAUUAUAUCAACACCUACAACUGCCCAACCCGACAUUCUUGGCAAGGUCCAAAGUGUAGCGGGAGAGAAACAAAAGUGGUGUCACGAUUCGUCCCCAUCCUUAGCCCCCGCAAGGACUCGUGCGGAACUUGUAGCUUGUAA